UCAAAAUACCAGCGCUCCUCAAACCAACGGCGACGGACAGAGAGACUCGAAUGUGAUAUUCACAAUUUGAUUACUAUUUCUGACGAUCUGUAAAUCUUACCACUGUUACAUCCAGGACAAAUAUUCUAUACCUUUAGUGAGAACUCGCAAGGACAAUAUAAAGAAGGUUAAAUUGAAGGACUGGCACACGAGCAUCCUCUUGUCAGUGUCCGCGCUGGACUUCCUUUGCAACCACACUGCCCUUAACUGAGUGAAGAAUUUCUGGAGCGGUGCGUCGCUGCCCUAGUGCACUGGAGUUUGAUGGACAGUUCGGUCGUCUUGGAGAUAAACUGAGAGGACUGAGAAACAUUUCUUAAACCUAACGUUUCGACUUGAGUCGAAGACCGGGAAUUAAUUUUGCCCUCGUAAUACCGUAACGCAUGGUGGGAAUUUCUGCUUCUUUUCAGUAUCGUACUGAGAAGCCCUCCGCCAUGCCCGACUCACCUGCCGAUGUGAAAACACAGUCCAGGUUAACUCCACCUACCAUGCCUCCUCCUCCCAGCACACAGGGAGCUCCCAGAACCAGCUCCUUUACUCCCACCGCACUCACAAAUGGCACCAGUCACUCCCCCACGGCCCUGAAUGGCGCCCCCUCUCCACCCAAUGGCUUCAGUAAUGGCCCUUCAUCUUCUUCAUCCUCCUCGCUGGCCAAUCAGCAGCUGCCGCCAGCCUGCGGUGCUCGGCAGCUCAGCAAGCUCAAACGCUUCCUCACCACGCUGCAGCAGUUCGGCAAUGACAUCUCACCCGAGAUAGGCGAGCGCGUCCGUACACUGGUACUCGGCCUCGUGAACUCCACUUUGACCAUAGAGGAAUUCCACUCCAAACUGCAAGAAGCAACGAACUUCCCACUCCGACCUUUUGUCAUCCCGUUUCUGAAGGCCAACUUGCCGCUACUGCAGCGUGAACUGCUGCACUGUGCGCGACUGGCCAAGCAAAACCCAGCACAGUACCUGGCCCAGCAUGAGCAACUGCUGCUGGACACAAGCAUCACGUCCCCCGUAGACUCCUCCGAGCUGCUGCUGGACGUCAACGAGAAUGGCAAGAGGAGGACGCCAGACAGGACCAAAGAGAAUGGCUUUGAGAGGGAGCCUUCGCACACGGAGCACCCGAGCAAGCGAGCAUGCACCAUUAGCCCGGGACAGCGAUUCAGCCCGUCCAACGGCCUGCCAUACCAGCCCAAUGGCCUGCCACACCCAACCCCACCCCCGCAGCACUACCGCCUGGAUGACAUGGCCAUCGCCCACCACUACAGGGACACAUACCGGCAUCCCAACCCCCGCGAGCAUCGUGAACGCCCGCGGCCCAUCGGGAUGCAUGGAGGUGCUCGUCAGGAGGAGGUCAUUGAUCACAGGCUUACAGACAGAGAAUGGGCAGAGGAGUGGAAGCACCUUGACCAUGUAAGAAAACUGCUCAACUGCAUCAUGGACAUGGUGGAGAAAACGCGGCGCUCGCUUACUGUGCUGAGGCGCUGCCAGGAGGCCGACCGCGAGGAGCUCAACUAUUGGAUCCGUCGCUACAGUGACGCUGAGGACCUGAAGAAGAGCUCCAGCUCCAGUAGCAGCACCAGUGGCAGCAGCCAGUCCCGCCAACAGAGCCCUGCCAGCCAGGAAAGCACCCCCGCAGAGGUCCACCGGGAGCUGCUCCACAGGCCAGUAUCUGGCUAUGUUCCCGAGGAGAUCUGGAAGAAAGCAGAAGAGGCCGUGAAUGAGGUGAAGAGGCAGGCUAUGUCCGAGCUGCAAAAAGCCGUAGCUGAAGCAGAGCGCAAGGCCCACGAGAUGAUCAGCACAGAGCGUGCCAAAAUGGAGCGCACGGUGGCAGAGGCCAAAAGGCAGGCAGCGGAGGACGCGCUCCUGGUCAUUAACCAGCAGGAGGACUCCAGCGAAAGUUGCUGGAACUGCGGCCGCAAGGCGAGCGAGACGUGCAGUGGCUGCAACACGGCGCGCUACUGUGGCUCCUUCUGCCAGCACAAGGACUGGGAGAAGCACCACCAUGUGUGCGGCCAGACGCUGCAGGCCCAGCAGCAGGCAGAGACCCCGGCCACGGUCAGCUCCUCAGCCACGCCCAGCAGCGGGGCAGGUAGCCCUGCGGACACACCCACCACCGCCACACCCCGCUCAGACACCCCUGGCACCCCCUCCACCAUAGAGCCAACGACGCGCUAGAGCUGGAGGUGACCUCACAAAGCCCUCACAGCCCAUCUAGGACUGUCUCGCCUGCCUUGCUUGCUUAAAGAUGGUAAAGCUAUCGUGCUAGCAAAAGAAAAAAGAACGAUUACCCAUUGGAGGUCCAUAUCAGGUCAUAUUGACUUGCCAUGAUAGAAAACGCAAAGAUAUUCUUUGUUUUAAAUUCUCAGUGUUUUAAAUUCUUUAUUGAUACUAUAGCUACUAUUGAUUAUUGUUGUUAUUGUUAUUUGUUGUCAUCAUUGUUUUUUUAUGUUUGUGUAAAUAAGAAGAAAAAGAAACUGAGUAGACAGCUGAGACCUCUGGAUGAGCACAUUUGACCUCCCCUUUGAUUUUCUUUGGUUGUUCUUGAUUUGUUUGUUUUGUUUUCAGUGCUCCGUUACUUCUCCAGUAGCUGGGAUAUAAAACUAGUCGACCUCAUUGAUAGACACUUUACCAAAUCACAAACCAAGGGAUUAAUUCAUAGCUGUUGUAAACAAAGACAGAAAUAUGUGAUUAAAAAGGACAGCGUUCCAAGAAAGCAAGACAAAAAUAAUGAUGGCAAUAGACUUACCAUGAAAUGCAGGGCAUGUUGGAGAGGAAGAUGGACACAUUGCUGGCUUAUUGAACUCUAAAGAUCCUCUACACAGUGUGCGGAUGCGCAGCAGAUUGUAAAGGAACACAGAUGUUUUUUUUCAGAAACGUCUGCAAGACAUUUGAUACUAUCCAGGUUACUGGUCUGAGAAAUAAGUCUGUUUCACAAAGGAAUGUAAAGCAGUGCGAGGCUGCUUUACAGUGGGAACUUCAUACAGCGCCACAGCGAAAGAUGAACCUUGACCUCCACUCCCAAACACAUGCUGUUAGGCCCCAAAACAGUGAAGUCAUCGGGCAAACAAGCAGAACUGUAAGAACCUCACCAUGACAGUGGCUUGGAGCAAAGGGCUGAAAAAUGACCAGUACCUGAGAGACGGGUUCCUCCACGCCUGGAGCCAGUCCAGGACCCACCUUGUCUUGCCCACAGCUCUAGCUGGACUGCCAGUCCUUGUUUCAGUUCUUUUUUUUUUUUCUUCCCCUCUGAUGCUUUCGUUGUGUUGACCAUUUAUGUCUUGUACUGUCUACAAUGGUUAUUUAUUGUACAUGUGUUGGACAAUUGUGAUGAUGCAUAAUGCUUAAAAACCACAUAACUUUAGGCUCAUCCCAAUAGCUGGUGCAAAAUAACAUUCUAACUUGAGCUGCUUUCCUACUUGUGAGUGUUUGUGGUAGCUCCCUGAUAGUUCUUAAAAAAAAAAAAAAAAGAAAGAAAAAUUACGCUUUUCCCAUUGUCUUUGAAAAGAAGACAAAAGCUCUCAGAGCCGCUGCUUCAGUCUGAUUCCAAUCUUUUCUGAGAACUAGCAUGUUACAUGGAAUGCUGACAUAAAUGUUUUGUACAUGGGGCGUUACAUAAAUGUAUUUGCACUGUCACAGAGUUGCUCUCAGCAUGCUUCGGUUGGAGUUUCUCAGUAGAAAGCCCUAUGUCACAGGUUUUCUCUGUAGUGUUUCUUUAUGUAUCUGUGAUUUUUAUUUUCUGUAAAAAAAAAAAAAAGGGAAAAUAGUAUCACAACCUGCUUUUGUUAGUAAUGUUACUUUGUCCUGACAUAAUAGCAAAAAGUCAUAACUUUGCUUUGAAUAGUUAAGAACAGUGCAUGCACAUUACUGAACGUUGUUUGUUUGUUUUAUACAAAAAAAGAAAAAAUGUAAAAAACAUACAUUAAGAAACUAACUUUCCAAAUGCAGAGGUGUAAACAGACAGCUUUAACAAUGCAGAGCACCAGGUUACACAGUAUUACAAAAGAAUUAACAUGGAAGACAGCCAAAGACAGACAUGAAGGACCAAAACCUGAUUUAUCCAAUUUUUAAACAUGAAAAAGAGAGAUUCACUAAAAUGCACCACAUCUUAUUCUUUGUUUUAUCCAUGUGUUCAUCAGGGGAAACCAGUAACCUUUAGUAACCUUUCCAUUUUCUAAACCUUUACCACUCUCCCAUCUAGAGCCAAGACCAGCCCUGCUCUGCCUGAACAGAGGCACUGCAUCCAGCACUGGAAGAGGUGAAAGUUUCUUCGCAUGGUCCAGGCUAAUUAGCAAUAAUAGAAAUGGUGGCUCAUAUACGUUACUUCCGAUAAACCCCCUUAAUUUGCUUUUCCUUCAACAAUGUUUGCAGUGUAUUAAUAUACAGACACACUGAAGUGCACAUUGAAGGUUUUGCUUCAUCAGCUUUAACUGGAUGGAAUAUCAACCCAGAAGGGUAAUAUGGCAAAGAGGUAUUGGAAAAGUCCAACAUAAGCAGCACACAUGCAUAAAUUACAUAUCCAAACAUUAAAGUGUAUCAGUGCAUAAACAGUGAAGCCAUGUAAUAUAGAAAUAGACCAUUGAUUAAUUUUGAAACUAUAUGCCUAAACCUACAUGAAACAAACGAAACAAACUAAAACCUCGUUGUUGGCUUAGAAAGAAGAGGGGACUGAAUGAGCACUUAUCUCCCGCACCGCUGGGAACGCUCUCCCCGACACCAUGGUGCUAAACGUCUCGGAGGAGGGCUGGCUCUGAGCUGGCUCUGCACUUCCUCUUGCUCCCUCCACUCUCCCCUUUUUCUCUCUUCCUCUCUCUGCCUUGUUCUCUGUCGUUUUCUAGACUUGCUGAGGUAAAAUGAUCUAGAAAAAAAAAAACGGUGUGUGACACCCAUUUACAUAGCAGAUGCUGUGUGGCAGCCGAGCUGCCUUCAAGUAGUUGUGUAUUUGAAAAAACAUGCUAAGUACUUUUGGAAGUGUUAAGGAACAUCUAGAAAGCUCUCUCCCCUCCCCCCUCUCGGAUAUGUCUGUUUUGCUACAACCUUUUUCCUCUGUGGCAAAAAGUCUCACUCUACCUCUGACAGCAUGUUACAAGCACCAGUUGCUGAGCAGACACUGGUCUAGUCAAACCAAAUGGGCACAUGAGAACAGGACUAAAACCCAAAGUUAAAAGCUCAUACAGCUGCAAAACCAUAUCACUACUUGGUAACAAUGCAGACCUCAUAAAAGAGAAAACCUAA